UUUAGCUAAGCUAACUUUAUCUCUAGGAAAAGAAGAUACUUAAACCUUACCCAACAAUUAAAGCCAACAACCCAACACACUUCCUCCUCAUAAUACACCUUCUAAAAUACCCUUCACACAUCUACUACUCUAGAAAAAAAAAAAAAAACUUUGAGUACUCCUCCUUAUAUUUUGUCUCUUAUCAUCACUCUCAACGAUCACCAUCUACUUACUGCGCAAGGAUGAAAGUCGAUCUUGGUAAAAUCUAAAACACCUAUUCAUCAAUCAAGCUAAGGACGAAAGUCGGCCUCAGUAAUCUGAAGGUGCCAAGUGAAAUUAGUUGACUCAUAUUCAUCAAGCAGGAACAAAAGUCAACCUUAGUGAUCUGACAGUCAAGAUAUUCUUACUCAUACCAAUGCCAAAGCCGGUUUUGGGCCCAGAAAGGCGCACCAAUCCAUUAAUUUGGUGUGCAGCUAUAAUCUGCACACUGUUGACCGUAGCCGUGAUCAUCACGGGUAUGGUCGUAUUCAUUGGGUACAUGGUGAUCCGACCCAAAGUACCACAAAUGAGUGUAGUAAGUGCACAUUUAGACAAAUUUUCCUAUGACAUGGCAAGUGUCUUAGUAGUCAAAGUGUCAAUUGUAAUCAAGGCUGAAAAUGACAAUUCAAAAGCCCAUGCGAAUUUCUACGAAACAAGUUACACACUUAGUUUCCAUGGGGUUAAAAUCGCGUAUUUAAACGCUGAUCCUUUUGAUGUACCUUCAAAUAAGUCGAUUGACUUGUAUUAUCCUGUUGAGUCAUCGCCGAUACCGUUGAAACCUGAAGAAGGAGAAGUUGCUGAAUUAUUUUUGAGAAGGGGACAAGUUGUUUUUGAUAUAAGAGGGAAUACAAGAACUAGGUGGAGAGUAGGGAUUCUUGGUUCUGUUAAAUUUUGGUUGCACUUAAAUUGUCAACUUAAGUGUCCUUUGAAUGGAACUACAAUUUAUCCAAAAUGCAGCACAAAAUCCAGAUGAUCAUUUGAUUGGGAGUUCAACUUAGGUAUUUUUUGUUCUCUUUAAUAAUUAGUAAUCAUGCAUCACUUAAUUAUCUUGUUAUUUUGAUUGAUUUUUUUUUUUUGGGAUGUGAUUAGAUUCUUUCUUGAAAGAAGUAAUCAUCAAUAUUCUACCUUUGAGAACAUAAUACAAUAUGAUAUAUUUAAUUA